GGAGAGCGAGGUUAAUCUUUCCCGGCAAAACACAACACAUACUCUCCCCGCUCUCCCACCACUCUCCCACACACCUGGACAGCGUGACCCAGCGUGAUAGAAGACAAAAGCACAUGAAAAGAGUAGAGUGAGAGGUGGGAGAGAGGGAGAGGAAGGGAGUGGAGGUGCGCUGAUGAUUGAACAGUGGUGAUGGCAUUUGAGGUGAAGCUUGUGAUAGCCGGGGUGCUGGCCAGCUUCCUCACUCUGGGCGGGUAUGAACACCUCUUUAAUAUGGAGCCCAACAGGUGUGAGAUGACCUACAUGUUCCAGAAGCCGCACUUCAUUCCCAUCCAGCUGCCGACAGAGGUAGCCAAGCAGUUCCCUCUGUACGGCCUCUAUGUGUACGGGGAGGGCGACUUGGUGAAGGAGCUGGAGGGCAAGAAGUAUGCUGGUGUGCCCGUCCUCUUUGUACCAGGCAAUGGAGGCUCACACAAGCAGGUGCGAUCCUUGGCGUCCGUGGCUUACCGGAAGUCACUGGAGGAUGGCAUCACCUUCCACUUCAAUUUCUUCACGGUGGAUCUGAAUGAGGAGCUGGCGGCGCUGUAUGGGGCGGUGCUGCAGCGACAGACGGAGUUCGUGUCCCUGUCGGUGAAGCACAUCCUGGGAUUGUACGCAGGACAGAAGGGCCGGCCAGAAAGUGUCAUUCUUGUAGGACACUCUAUGGGUGGCAUGGUGGCGCGGGCGGUGUACACGACGAAGCAGGUGACGGCGGCCAUGGCUCCACUCAUCAUCACCCAGGCCACACCACACACCCGCCCCGUCCUGGUCCUAGACCCGCAUAUACGGACCUUUUAUGAUAAGGUGAACACUUUCUGGAUGAUGGAGCGCAACUUUGAGCUGAAGGAGGUGGUGCUGCUGACGGUGGGGGGCGGGAGGAACGACAUCCAGGUGCCCACCUCCCACACCAACACCCCCCUCGCUGACCUGGCUACCACCACCGCCAAUAUCCCUUCGUGCUGGCUGACGGCAGACCAUCAGGCUGUGGUGUGGUGCUGGCAGCUGGUGAUGGCCACCAUGCGUGCCCUCUUUGACUGUGUGGACGCCAACACCCUGCAGCUCACCACCAACAGGACGCACAUCAUUGACGUGUUCGACUACCACCUCGCCAGGAAAAUAACAGGGAAGCGGUACAAGACAUCCCGGUACCCACACACAAUCCCACUGGACAAGGAGGGAGUGUGGAUAGAGGCAGCAAAGAGACAGUUCACCCACACUGCCACAACCACACCUCGGAGGACCUACCUGGCCAUCCCGCUGCGCCCUGGCCACCCUCAGCAUCACCUGGCCACCAUCAUUGCCAAUAACCUGGAUGGCAAGAACUGGGUGGCUGCUUGUACUGCUUCCACUACUGCUGCUGCUGCUUCCACUGCCACUGCUCAGAAGGGGAGGCAGAUGUGCUCAGUGGGGCUCAACCUGUCUGGCAAGACUCAGAAGAUGUUGGGCAAGAUGAAGUCAGUGGAGGUGGACCUGGCAGCGCUGGGGGAGGCCGGCUACACCCAUGUUGUUGUCUGCAUCCAGCCCUCCGAUGAGAAGGUGGGGGUGGCGGUGGAUGUGCAUAGCCAGGCGGGUCGGCAGCGGUCCACACACGUCCCGUCCUUCCUGCGGUCCUUCAGCCAGACUCUCGUAGUGGACACCACCCCACAGAAGGCACUGUCCUAUAAUGUGACCCUCAACGGCUUCUCUGAGUCCUGGCAGUCCUUUAAGUUCAUCCUGCGGCCACGCCAGAGUUGCCAAACCCAGGAGGUCCCCAUGGCCAGGCUCUACAUACCCUGGACAAACAAAGUCUCCUACAUACAGAAUAGUGGCACUGGUGUGUCCUAUAUAGCGGAGAUUGAUGUGCCUGCUCUUGACGCCAAUUCGACCGCCAGUGUGCAGUUCGUUCUCAACCCAGAAUGCACCUACUCCAUUCUUGUUCAGGGCAGCCUCAUAGGAGUGUUCCGGCGUCUGGUGCUGCUAUACGGCUACCAGAUCCCCGCCUACUGUGCUGUCCACCUCCUCCUCUCACUCACACACCAACUCAAGGGUAUUGGAGAGCAGGGGUCAUGUCCGUCAUUCUUCACCUCCAUGCUGUCCCUCACUCCCAUGGCUGUGGUGCCCUUCGUUAAGGUGGCCAAUCUUGUCCUCAGGAACCUGGAUAUCGAGGACGACUUGAGCCUCCUGAGCAGCCACGGUGAGGACCUGCCUGUGCUUCCCAUUGUGCUGUUCCUGGGAGGCUUACUCAGUCUGCUGCUGGGGGCCAUCACCUGGGGCAUGAUCCUUCUGGCCGGCAAGUCUGUCCCUAACCCCCUGACCCCGACCCUGCCACACCACAGGGUCCUGGGCCACACCAUUGGAGCCACAGACAUGCUGGCGGACCUGGCAGUGACUGGCCUAUCCAGAGUGCCAGUCAUCGUGGGGGCGGCACUCAUCUCCCUGGCAUACUCCACCUGCGGCACCCUGGCACUGUUUCUUGCUGCCAUAUUCUACUUCCUGAAGGUGUCCAAACAAUAUGAGGAGUAUGUGGAGCGCCUGGCAGCGAGUGUCAUUCCAGGGCCGUCAGGGAGAGAGGCGGCCACACAGCGCUCCCUCUCCCGCCUCCACUUCCACCUCACCCUCCUCAUGCUGGUGGGCCUCGUCACAACACUCCACCUGCCCACUCUCGUCAUCUGGUCAAGGCUGAUCAGAACCAACCUGCAGGUGACAGACGACCCUUCUCGGGAGGUGGCGGUGGUGGUGCUGGUGGCGCUGUCCUUCCUGUGGCAGAAGAAGAUGCCACAGCCCAACAGGAGGUUCUACAAGCAGGCGUCGUACAUCAUACACUUCCUGGCACUGGUUGGGUUACUGUUUGGCUCCGUUCACACCUACCGCAUCUCCUACAUCGUGGCUGCAGCACUGGCUCUCACUGCUGCCCACCAACUCCUGGCACCCCUAGCCCCAGAAGACACCAGCCCUGACUCCUGUGACUCCCCUACACAACCCUAUAUGGAGAACCUGACCUCCGAUGAUUCAGGUCACUCGCAGGUCACCACCCCAGACAGUGACUUCUCUCGGGACAGCUAAGCCAGGUCACGAGGGCACCCCCAGACAGUGACCUCUCCCGGGACAGCUAAGCCAGGUCACAAGGGCACCCCCAGACAGUGACCUCUCCCGGGACAGCUAAGCCAGGUCACAAGGGCACCCCCAGACAGUGACCUCUCCCGGGACAGCUAAGCCAGGUCACGAGGGCACCCCCAGACAGUGACCUCUCCCUGGACAGCUAAGCCAGGUCACGAGGGCAGCCGGUGUACUUAAUGUAGUGUUUUGUAGUGCAGGGAUUAGUAUGAGGUUAGUGGCCUUGUAACAGCUCAAGGUGGGGUGACUGUGGGGUUUUUACUUAGGUUAGGCAGCUGUUGUAUAUAUCUUUGUCUUCAUGCUGUGUGUGUGUGUGGGGUGUUGGGUGGUGUGCUGCUGGCUGUCAGUGUUCAAGAUUUGGUUAUUCAGCGACAAUGGUUGAUAGUAGUGCUGGUUUUUUAUCUCUUAUCUUUUAUCUUAACUUUUUUUCAUUAUCUUUUUUAUCUCUUAUCUUUAUUAUUUUUUAUUAAUCUUAUAUUUAUUCUUAUCAAUC